GCGAGGGCAUGUUUUCAUCAGCUCGCUUAAAACCAGCCUGCGGCGGCUGCAGCGUUUAAAUCUGUUUAUACUGCGCGUUAAAAAAUGUCCUUAAAAACAGCAGGCGCAGCGUUGACCCGCACACUGUGGACCACGGGGAACAGGACUCCUCCGGUAGCGAGAUCCCCUAAAGUGAACAGACUUUCUACCACAUGCAGGGCGUCUGGGGGAAGAAAGCAGGGCCGCGAAAAAACAAUAGAACAAAGUUGCGGCUCGGACUCGGACAGGCCGAGUGGCGACGUGCCAUCACCCAGCGAGCCGCCUCACACAUGUACGACUGGGGAUAAGAAGCGACCCAAGGAGCCGGCGGGCGCUCCAGGCGUUACUGGUGUAAGGAGACGGUCUUACACCUCAACGGCAGCUCCGGUGGACCAGCGGUCCUACCUGUGGGCUCGUUACAGUGACAUGAAACGGCUGGUUCACGACCUGAUCCCACCAGGUGCGUGCAAGACCCUGAACUCCUCCGCCAUCUACGCUAACAAUGAGGUCAACCUGGCUGAAGUGGACAUCUACGGCUUUGACUAUGACUACACCCUGGCUCUGUACUCAAAUGCACUCAACACAAUGAUCUACAAUACAGCAAGAAGUUUCCUCAUUGAACACUUCAAGUACCCUGAAGGCAUCCGCAAAUAUGAUUAUAUUCCCAACUUUGCAGCUCGGGGUCUUCACUAUGACAUCCAAAAGGGUCUUCUGAUGAAGAUAGAUGCCUUCCAUUACAUUCAGCCAGGAACGGUGUAUCGAGGCCUGAGCCCAGUGCCAGAUGAGGAGGUCCUUCAGCUCUUUGGAGGGACUUACCAUGUCCCGCUGCAGCAGGACAGUGGCUUUUAUGGAAAGGGACCAAAGGUGAAGCAGUUCAUGGACAUCUUCUCCAUCCCUGAGAUGACUCUCUUGGCUGUGGCAAAUGAUUUUUUCAUCACCAAUGACAUUGAAUAUGAUCCAAUUCACCUCUUCAAAGACGUCUCUGAAGCAAUCGGCAUGGUUCACCUGAAAGGCUACAUGUACAAGUGGGUCAUGCAAGAUCUGGAUAAGUUCAUUCUGAGAGGAGAGGAGACAGAUGCUGUUUUGCACCGAUUGGUCAGUCAUGGAAAGAAGCUAUUCCUCAUCACCAACAGCCCUUUCAGCUUUGUGGAUAAAGGAAUGAUACACAUGGUGGGAAAAAACUGGAGAGAGUUCUUCGAUGUUGUCAUUGUACAGGCAGACAAACCUCACUUCUUCACCGAUUGUAUCAAACCGUUCAGACGCUUGGAUGGUAAUGGAGACCUUCGAUGGGAAAAGAUAAAAAGUCUGGACAAAGGACAGAUCUACAAACAGGGAAACCUGUUUGACUUUCUCCGACUGACAGGCUGGCGAGGGUCAAAGGUUCUUUACUUUGGAGACCAUCUUUACAGUGACUUGGCUGACCUGAUGUUGCGACACGGCUGGCGUACAGCAGCCAUAGUACCUGAGCUGGAGCAGGAAACCAAAGUGGUGAGCACAGACCGGUAUGCUCUGAACCUCACCUGGCUACAGGCUCUAACCGGCCUGAUGGAACGCCUGCAGAUACAUCGGGACCUAGACUCUAAACAAGUUUUUCAGGAAUGGCAGAAAGAAAGAGAAGAACUCAGGGCAAUGACAAAGAACUUCUUCAACCCUCAGUUCGGCAGCAUCUUCAGAACGUGUCACAACCCCACCUACUUCUCCAGACGCCUGUGUCGUUUCUCAGACAUCUACAUGACCUCCCUGAGCUGUCUUUUGAAUUAUGACCUCUCGUACACUUUCUACCCCCGCCGCACACCUCUGCAGCACGAGGCUCCCCUGUGGAUGGAUCAGCUUUGCACGGGCUGCAUGAAGACACCUUUUCUGGAGGAGAUGUCUCACAUACGAUGAAAGCUGUGCUCUCCUCAGUGACUGAUAGGAUUUCAUAUUUUAGGCCUGGCGAACACUUGAGAUUGAUUAAAGCAGGGUUUCUUUUUAGCCAAGAGGGUGCUACACAACUCCUUCCACAGGGAAAAGCAAUCCUGUCCCAUAUAGUGACCCACUUACCCAGUGAAUUCACUAGAGGGUGCUGUAGACUUAGCUGCUGUCCAGAGACCGUACAAUUCAGAUAAACAUACUGUGGUACAAGAGUGACAGACACUCUGGUUUUUGCCUCAGUCAAAGGGUUAAGGUUAAGGAUUUUAAGAGCAAUAUUUGGCUACAGUUGCACAAAUACAACAAAUAAAGAAUACAAUCUUACAUUGAUUUGUGUUGAUCUUUUG